CGCUCAUCCAACGAGUGAGCGGGAGUUGGAGCUCAAAUGCUCACAACGGGAAUGUGAGCUUCAUGGGGUAUUUACCAACUCUGAGAGGACGAUGGCGAUGGCUGUCAAUUCGAUGCUUAUCUUCGAACUUCGACGGUGCCACAAAAACACGCAGAAUAAACAGCCUUGCCCAGCUGAAUUGCACGUUGCGAUGUGCUACGCACUGUCCGAGCACGCCUUCCUGGGCUCGUCAGCUUUGUCGCCUCCGUUGAACCCACUGCGGAAGCGCCGAACAGGGCAAAUCUUCCAACUGCUGCAAAGGGGGAUUCAAAACGACGGCGCUACCACCGUCGAUAGCGUUGCGAUUGGCGCCCUCGCACUCAAGAUGGAGCGGCUAUUGUACCGCAGUGGCAAUACCAUUGUGGGCGAAGAUGAAGAGGCGGCGUGGCCACCCGAAGUCCUGGACAUGAAGCUGCGGCAGCUUGUCCUGCGCAUUCUGCAAUCGAAGUCUGCCGCGUCCUUCGCCCCCAACAACUACACGUUGGACACGAUAGCGCUGCGUUGAAAUGUUGUGAAUAUAUGUGUAGUUGGACGGCCCUGAUCGGACGUCAAAUGUUCUAUUAGUAUGUACUACCGGU